CAAUAUUCGGUUUGGUUAUUUUCGCUAUAUAUUGUGUAUUCUGUAGAUUUAUUUAUUUAUAAAAUAGAAAAAUCUUAUUUUGAUCGCAGCAUAUCAUUGAAAUGAUGAUUCGUAACCCUUUGAAUGCUGUUUAUUUAUCAUUUAUUUAUAUAUUCUGGUUAUUCCUACUUUCUCUAUAUACCGAUGGUUAUUUAAUUGGAGUUGGAAUACAUGAUAUAACUGGCCCAAUAACAGACAUAAACAUGAUGGGCUAUGGUAAUAUGAAACAAAAUGAUAAUGGCCUUCACUUAAGAUUAUUUAGUCGUGCAUUUAUUAUUCAAGAGAAUUCUAGUUUACAACCAGUUGUCAUUGUUAUAAUCGAUUCUGGUAUGGUAUCACAAGCAGUUAAACUUAAAGUCAUGGAUCAAUUAAAAAAUCAAUACGGCCAUGGGUUAUUUACACAUCAAAAUGUUUUAAUCAGUGCAACACAUACUCAUUCCGGUCCUGCUGGUUAUUUACAAUAUGUUCUAUAUUCGUUUACAUCUCUUGGAUACGUUCCCGAAACAUUUAAUUCACUAGUUGAAGGAAUUGUUAAGAGUAUCAGCUUAGCUUAUUCUAAUGUGCAAGAAGGGAAAAUAUUAAAAGCUGAGGGAGAUUUAUACAAUACCAGUAUCAAUCGUAGUCCAGCAGCUUAUUUGCUGAAUCCACUCGAAGAACAAUUAAAAUAUAAUGAUUCUGUAGACAGAAAAAUGAUUUUACUAAAGUUUGUUACAAAGAAUAAUACACCGAUUGGAAUGAUUAAUUGGUUUGCAGUACAUCCAGUCAGCAUGAAUAAUACGAAUACUUUAGUUAGCAGUGAUAAUAAAGGAUUAGCUGCUAUCUUAUUUGAACAAAAACUGAAUCCGAAUCAAAUGUUAGGAAAGGGUCCAUUUGUAGCUGCAUUUGCCCAAGCCAAUGAAGGUGAUGUUUCACCGAAUACUGCUGGUCCACGUUGCAUUGACACUGGUUUACCAUGUGAUUUUGUGCAUAGUAGCUGUGGUGGUCGUGCACAAAAUUGUAUUGCAUACGGUCCCGGUUCAGAUAUGUUUGAAAGUACAAAAAUAAUUGCACAUAAACAAUUUGAAAAAGCAUGGUCCUUGUUUAAUAGUGCUACUACUGAAGUAACUGGAGCUGUUAGGUUUAUUCAUCAGUUUAUUAAUAUGACGAAUAUUAAUUUGAAUUAUAAGAAUUAUUCAGGUCGAACAUGUAAACCAGCUAUGGGUUUUAGUUUUGCUGCUGGCACAACUGAUGGUCCAGGAGACUUUGAUUUUAUUCAAGGAACCAAAAAAGGUACUUUAUUUUGGCGAAUCAUUCGAGAUUUUCUUAAAACACCAAGUGAAGAAAUAAUCAAAUGUCAAGCCCCAAAACCUAUUCUUCUUGCCACCGGUGAAAUGAAUGUUCCUUAUCCUUGGCAACCAUCUAUUGUUGAAACUCAAAUUGUCUCGAUUGGACCCCUUUUGAUUGUCGCCUUACCUGGUGAAUUUACCACAAUGUCCGGAAGACGCAUUCGUGAAGCAGUCACUGAAGCUGCUAACAGUGCAUCUAAACAGAUUAAUCCAAAUUCAGUUACACAAUAUGAAGUGAUUCUUUCUGGUCUGUCCAAUGUUUACUCGAGUUAUAUUGCAACUACUGAAGAAUAUCAACUUCAACGGUACGAAGGUGCAUCUACUAUUUUCGGUCCACUGACACUUCCUGCUUAUGUCAACCAAUUCAGCAUGUUAGCAACAGCUUUAAUUAAAGAACAAAACAUUCCUUCUGGUCCAAAUGCUCCAUUUUUCUUCAACGAAAUAUUUAGUUUUGUACCGAAGGUUUUGUAUGAUACAGCGCCAUUAGGAAAAUCAUUUGGUGAUAUAAUUAUGCAGCCGAAAUCAACUUACCAUAAGAAAAGUGAUAUUGUAGAAGUGCAUUUUGUCACUGCCUCUCCACGUAAUAAUGUACGCUUGAAUGGAACAUAUCUUACUGUUGAAAUAUACAACACAACACUCGAUAGAUGGGAUAUUGUUUACACAGACGCUAAUUGGGAAACAAAAUUCAUUUGGAAUCGAGAAGGUAUUUUAUCACGGUUUCUUGGUCACAGUUACGCUAUUAUAAAAUGGACAGUUAGUUCAAUUGAUGGUGUAUGUAUUCCUGGUACCUAUAGGAUACAACAUUUCGGUACAUCUAAAAGUAUAUUUGGACGAAAAACUGACUUUUCUGGUGUAACCAAAAAUUUCACAGUAUUAUGUAAACACACCGAUGAUAUAUGAAUCGAACUGGACACUAUAUGGGAGAAUAUUUUUGAAAAUUUAAUUUGCUGUGUCAUUUAUCUUUUCAUUCUCUCAUUAUAUUUAUUAUUUUGAUAUCUAUUACUUUCAAUGAUUUCUAUGAAUACAUGUUUGGAAGCUACAUAUCCUAUCAAACAAAAUAUAAUUUACAAUAUUGACUGAAAUAACUGCUCCGAACUAAUUCAUUAAAAACUGUUAAACCUGUCUUUCUUGGUGUAUUAUUCACCUACAAAUUUUGUUGAAUCAUUUAUAAAUUUGUUUUAAUCAGUAGUUUCAAAUGAUUAAUUUUGUUUAAUUUUCGGUGACCUCGAAAUUAAUUUCAUUUUUACUUAUAACAGUAUUUGUCUAUUUGGCAACAUUAUUCAAACCUAGUUUUCUUCUGAUGAGAUUUUGUUUUUGAUAAAUUUACUUUUUCACUGAUAUCAAAUGAAUAAAUUUUGUUUUAUUUGCA